AUGGGCUUUAUGUUGAAAUAUUUCUAUGCAUUAUUGACGUUGCUGUUAUUGCAUUCAAGUCUCAGUGUGGCUGUUAAUGGUGGAUCAAUGAAGAAGUGCAUAGGGAGGGAGAGGAAGGCUCUUCUCUUGUUCAAACAAGGGAUCUAUGCUGACUCUGCUACUAUGCUGUCCACAUGGAGGGACGGAGAUGAUGAAGAUUGUUGCAACUGGGAAAGAGUUUAUUGUAGCAAUGAAACAGGUCACGUUCAAAUUCUUGAUCUCCAUGGUUCAAACUCACUUCAUUUGGUUGGUGUCAUUAAUAUUACUUUAUUGAAUGAUUUGCAUGAUCUGAAACAUUUGGAUCUCAGUUGCAAUUAUUUAUAUCCAAGUGACAUCCCUAAGUCCAUAGAGUCAUUUACGAACUUGAGAUAUCUCAACCUCUCUUAUUCUCUUUUUGUUGGGAGUAUUCCCAAUGAAUUGGGAAAGGCUUCAAACUUACAAUAUGUUGAUCUGAGUAACAAUCACUUGGAUGGAGCUAUCCCUUGGCAAAUCGGAAAUCUUUCCAAGUUGCAGUACCUUCAUCUUGGAGGCAAUGAUCUUGAUGGAGUGAUUCCUUAUCAACUUGGGAAUCUCUCCAUGCUGCACACACUGCAACUUGGUGGUUAUGAUUCUAAUCUCACAGUGGCUGACAAAAACAAUCGUGAUGUAGACUGGAUAUCUAAGCUCUCUUCAAUAACAAAUCUUGGGUUGAAUAAUGUCAGUGAUGUUGGCUAUUCUCAUCUUUGGCUCCAAAUGAUUGGCAAACUUUUGCCACAGCUAAGACAACUGCUGCGAUUAACAGGAUGUGGCAUCACUUAUGCACAUAACCUUCCUUCCAACUAUUCUUCUUCUCUUGUCGUUCUUGAUCUCUCCUUUAACAACUUGAGCUCAUCAUUAUUUAAGUGGCCCUUCAACUUCAGCUCUAACCUUCAAGAGCUUUAUCUAAGAAACUGCAGUCUUUCAGCUAAUGAUCCUUCCUUUCUAUUUUCUCAUUUUCAUUUUCUUCCCUCACUGUGUUGUGAUCUCUCUAUAAUGACUUGA